UAAAGCUAAUUAGCCCUUACGUUAUCGUCAAAGGGAAAACUGCUGUCUCCCCCGUUUAAGGAUAUCUCUGGCUAUUCUGGGGCAACCGGAAAUCCAAACAUCGAAUAGAUACCGGGUCGAAACCAUGAAAGCAGUCAUUCAAAGAGUCACUAAAGCGAGUGUAAUAGCUGGGGACAACUUCAUCAGUUCCAUUGGAAGAGGCAUUUGUGUUUUGGUUGGGAUUUCAACCGAGGACACACAGAAGGAUGCAGAUUACAUAGUCCGUAAGGUCCUGAAUCUGCGUUUAUUUGAGGAUGAGAAUGGCUGUGCAUGGAAACACAGUGUAAUGGACAAGGGGUUCGAGGUGUUAUGUGUGAGUCAGUUCACACUGCAGUGUUGUCUCAAAGGAAACAAGCCAGACUUCCAUUCAGCAAUGCCUGCUGAUUUUGCUCAGCCCUUUUACAACAGCAUUCUGGAGCAGCUGAGGACUGCAUACAAACCAGAACUCAUCAAAGAUGGCCAGUUUGGAGCUUACAUGCAAGUAAACAUUCAAAAUGAUGGCCCUGUCUCCAUUCAUUUGGAGUCUCCUCAUGCUCCCAUGGAUGCCAAACAGUUAUCCAAACUAGAAAAGCAGCAGCAGCGUAAGGAAAAAACAAGAAGAAAAGGCAACUCAGAAUCUAGCAUGGACAGGGGUGCCUUACAUUCUAAUGUGGACCCCAGUGCUAGUAGUGGAGCAGAGGGAGAGUUGUCUUCAAAAAAAGUGCAACAGACACCACGACUGAUUUUCCGCAAAACGCGAUUUCUCUGCUCAACCAAUCGCAGCGCACCAUUCAAAUAUAGAAACAGUAAUAGCAGCUCCCACUGACUAUCAACAUCAUGGAGGAUUCUCAUCUUUUAGUGAGAUUUUGAAUGAAAUAAAUGAAUAACUUUGAUGGAAUCAAACAUGUCUUAUCUUCAUGUUUUAUAUUAUUAUUCCAGUAGAGAAUGUGGUCCAAUGUUAUUUUCCACUUGGAGUGCACCUGAUUCCUCCUGGGAUCUAGAUAAGCCAAGUAAUUAGUUGGUUAGUUAGUUAAUUAAGGCACUGCCUGAAAGCAGAGCUCCUGAUGAGUGUAGAAUGUGUUAGUAAAUAACAUAUUUUUUUAAAAGCAAAUUAAAAAUCAGUGCUGGGUAAAAACCCAUCUAAAUAAUGUAAAUAAAGAUACAAAUUUCAUUAGCCGGUGGUCAAGUGUUUGAGAGACAUUUGCCUUACACUUACAGUUGGGUUCUCUGUGGUCCAAUAUAAGAGAUGGUCAUAUGUGUUGAGAGGCUGUCAUAUGUGUAGAUCAACUUUACUUUUUGUUUCUUGUUAUAUUUCUCACACACAUUUUUUUUAUUGAGGUAAUGGAUUGAUAGCAUUUUGGGGAAAAAACCUGUCAUAGAUAUAUCGCAUUUUGGAGAAAAAAAAAAUAAUUUUUUAAAAUAAAAUGUAAAAAAAUCAAAAUCUAGACUUGCAUUUUUAAUGUUAUUACAAGGGUGGCACAGUGGUGUAGUGGUUAGCACUGUUGCCUCACAGCAAGAAGGUCCUGGGUUUGAGCCCAGCGGCCGACGAGGGCCUUUCUGUGUGGAGUUUACAUGUUCUCCCUGUGUCUGCAUGGGUUUCCUCUGGGUGCUCCGGUUUCCCCCACAGUCCAAAGACAUGCAGGUUAGGCUAAUUGGUGGCUCUAAAUUGACUGUGAAUGGUUGUUUGUCUCUAUGUGUUAGCUCUGCAAUGACCUGGCGACUUGUCCAAGGUGUACCCUGCCUUUCACCCAUAGUCAGCUGGGAUAGGCUCCAGCUUGCCUGCGACCCUGUAUAGGAUAAGCAGCUACAGAGGAUGGAUGUUAUUACAACCUCAUAGUGUUGUAUUAAAGUUUCAAACAGGUUUCGAGGAUGUGAUUCUUCCGGAUUUUUCCGGAAUUCCGGAUUUUCAGGCAUAAAAAUGCGACCCUCGUGAAUCAUGCAAAUUCGUUGUUUUUUUUUUGGGGGGGGGGGGACCACAUUACCACAUUAUCCAUAGACAUAUAAACAUAUGCUGCGUUCAUGUGCUAUGGGAAGAUGAUAUUUUCCAGUUGGGAAGUGGUAUUUACCAGUGUGUUGUGUUCACAUGCUUUUGUUGUUGUUGACCAAUUAAAGAUGGUGGACCAGA